GCCUCUGAAGUUUUUCAUUCUCGAAAAACUCUGUUGAGCCGGUUGAGGCGUACUCCCGAUGUGGUAGCUGACUGUUUUCUCGUGCUUUUUAUCCCUCAAAGAUAUUUUUAUUUCAACGAAAAAUUGAGACUAAGUCAAAUGAACACUGAACUUUAUAAAUUGAUUCAGUGAAAGUUUUAAGAUGAGCUAAUUUCUGGUCGUGAAGAGGAAGAGAGCGCCCCUCGAGUUUUCAUAGUUGUUCAGUUCAGUAAACUAUGGCUUGUGAAGGAAACGGCAUGUCAGAUGAAAGGAUAGGGGAGGCCCUGAUCAAAGAGGUCAUUCAGGAAGAACUGAAGGAUGUGCCCCCAGAAGAGCUCCCUCCUCUCACCCCGCUGGUUGUAGAUGUAAAGACUGAGCAGGAGAAGAAAAUGGUGACCCAGCUUGGUAUAAUGAUCCGCAUCAUUGGUGACAAGGUCAAAGAUGACAGGAAAUUUCAAGAUGCCAUAGAUGGUGUGGCUCGUUGCUCUGGAUCUAAGUGGGAGAGAUUUAAGGAAGUGGCAGACCAAGUGUUUCAACAUGGCAUCACAUGGGAGAGGAUUGCUGUGCUCUUUUAUGUUGCUGGGAGGAUGGCUCUCAGGAUGGUUGAGGCUCACUUACCUACAUCAGUGAAGGACAUCCUUAGGUGGACCACUGAUCUCUUCAAAAACAAAUUAUUGGGAUGGAUUCGUGAACAUGGAGGAUGGAUCAACAGUUUCUCUGAGCUUGCUGCAGCAUCUGUACAAAGUGUGUCUUCAGUGAGCUCCAGCAGCUUCGGUCUUAUUGUCAUCUUCGUGGCUGGACUGGCUAUGGGAAGUUUCGUCUCUUGGAGACUGAUGAGACAGCCCUGAGGUGAAUGAAAAUGUGCACAAACUCCAAUUCUGGGACACACGUGGUAUUUACAUACUAUGCAGUUUUUACUUGUCUGUUAAAUGCUAGUUAGGGCACGAGCACUGACCAGUGCGAGAGCCCUAUUGUAUCUAUAAGAUUUUUUUUUUUUUUUUUUUUUUUUUUCUGUCACAACUUUUGCAUUUUUGGGGGCCUUAUUAUGCUCCAAAACUCACCAAAUUUGGUGGCUUGUUAACCUUGCAAAGCAGAUGGAUAUGCCUGUUUCCUUGUUUUUCACUGGCGAAUCCAUCUUGCAAAGCUCCCAUCUGAACCGUUUGGGCCCGGUUAGAAAGUGACAGGACCA